GGAAAUUUCAAAAUGACUUCUUCGGACUCAGAGAUUGAAAUGAUUGGCAUCAAUGAAAACCAAACAAAAUCUCGACGAGGCACACGCUGGAUUUCUCGAAGACAACCGAAAAUCAAGACUGAAUCCAGAAAAUCUGCACUCGACAAGCUCCCGCUUGAAAUUAGACGUAUGAUCUACAAGGAGCUCUUGACAAACCCAGUUUUAGGAACCAUCGAAGCCAUUGAAGCAGGCACAGAGUCUGGAGCCGAAGCCAUCUAUGGACUCAAUCCCGCCAUAUUGCGCACAUGCCGCCGUUUCUACGAAGAAGCUUCGGAGGUCUUGUACGACCAGACAUUUAUCAUCAAGUGCGACUACAACUAUCGUGGAGGAAGUUUGUUCCAAAGACUUGUUACGUCAUGCCCUUGUCCCAUAUUGAGAUACAGAUAUAACCUCGAACCUCCAAUUACUCGACUUGAGAUUCCUAUCAAGUCUUCUGCUAUGACACAAGCCCGUUCCUGGAAAGUUUUAGUCGAUUCGUAUACCGUGAAGAUUAAUCACCACCAACAGUUUUACGAAUUCUGUAGAGCAGUUUGCGACGCUCGUCCUAAGAAGAUUGAAAUCGUCAUGUUGAAGACAGGAACCGGUCCUUCUAGUAUAAUUGAAGGUAGGCGAUUGGGAUCAUGCCGCUUGUGGAAACCAUGGCAAACACUAGCACCACUCACCAUGUUACGAAAUGUCGGCAAGUUGACCAUCAGAAACGAACACGCGCCCUAUCUUCAUGAAACUGACGGCGACAUUCCGGAUACAGUUGUUUGGAAUUCACAUGAGCCUGGGAAAGUAUUGACUCGUAUGCUGAAGAAUCUAGCACAAAGCGAUAGACCAGUCGAGAGAAUAUUCCCGAUGAGAGCCAAGCUUGUGAAACUCGCGCAGAGCUUUGAGCGAUAUCUUCCAUUUAAGAUUGACAUGAAUUUCCGCACUCCAUUAAUUACGAAUUCGAACGAUGGUCUCCGUGCUCAUUCAGAGGACACGCAUGAUCUUAUUAAGCGCGGCUACAAGAGAUGCCUAGAGUAUGAUGUCCUAAACCCAAAUCGCAACAAAGACUUCAACAACGACCUAGAACAAUCUCUAGCUAUAGCCAGAGACAACGAUUUGACCAUGCAAAAUUUGGAAUUCAAGAAGAAUAGGGAAGACGUCGUCAAUGAAUUGCAACUCCAGUACAAGAGAUUGGUGAUUGCUUCCAAUGAUCUAAAAUCCUUCAAAUCUGGACGAGAGGAACUUUUGGAAAGACGAGACUCCGCAUUCGCUUACUGGUUAGUAUUAAUCGAAGCAUAUGCCGCAGAGUUUGAGCGCCAGAAGAACCUUCAAACAAAAGCAGAAUUCCGAAGACAGAAGCGUAGAUUUGAUAACCUCCGCGCAACCUGGCCGAGAGAGAUCAUGCUCGCUAAGCUGGAUCGAAUGGUGGAGGAUCAGGAAUUUGGUGAAUUUGCCAAGGUUGCCCAGGAAGUCGAGAAUGAUAUGGACAAACAACUUGCAGGAAUUACAGCUGCAUGGAGAGAUCUGUUCAAAGCAGACGUGUACCAUGAGAGAUUUUGUCAGUACAAAUUCGAUGUUGGAGCACUCAAGAGAAAGAGAGAUUUUCGGGAUGAGGACGAGGAACAAUGAGAGCGGCUGCGGUAAAAGGGAAUGUCUCGGGUUUAUAUCACUUCCCUUAUGAUUUCUUUGGUGAGGAUAGACGAAGUCUGUAUGGCUGGUUGAUCAGGUCAACAGUAUCAUAUCUUGACCUAACGGUCCUAUCUUAGUUAUAUUCUAGCGACUAAGAUGCUAUUAAAAGAGAUCACACAUCACCAAAUAAAUGUGAUACCA